AUGCGUGGGUUUCAUCGGGUAGUGCAGAUUAGUCAAAGGUUCGGCGUGGCGAGGCGCUUUCAGCGUCAUGGAGUAUCGCGUGAAGUGGUGCUCACGCGCUGGAACGCUAGUCCUGCUGAACCUAGGGAGGAAGAAGCAGCGACAGGUGUGGUCGGUAAGGGCAUGAAGUUUGCGUCCACAAUCGCCAGCGGUGGACGGGGAUCGCCUCGCAGCGGUGUCGCCUCGACGAUUGGCGACGUCAGCUGGGACCUCUGUGAGCGGCUGGACUUUUACGUGCAGUACAGUGUUCCGUCCAACUGGCUGGUGACAGAGCGAGUGAGCGAGAAUAGCGUUGCGAUUCAGUGCAGACCACCGAUGACGGGCGGUGACGGGGAGCAGCCAACGGUUCAUGGUUUUUCGCUCAAUUGCUUCGCGUACAAACAGAAGUUGAAAGAGACGGACAGUGAGAAGCUGCUGAAUCUCUUCCUGCAGCGCUUCAAUGCCUCUGUCUCUAACUCCAUGGAGGUGCUAUCACAGUCAGCGGGUCGGGGAGGCAGUGACAGGGGCUCCGAUGCGUCCGAGACAAACACCAGUGAGAGACUGGCGAGCAGGCUGGGCUGUGCUGUGGCGGAAAUCACCUUCACGCCGGCCUCUGGUGAGCCGGUGGCCCACGGACUCUGUCGUGCCUUCUACAACUCAAAUCACAGAUUCCAUUACGUUGUCGUGGUUGCUGUUCCGGAGGAUGAGUUUGAGGUGUCGAAGGAUCUUCUCACACACGCGUUGCUGGCGGUCGUGGAGAGCCGAGUAGAAGCCGCUGCAAAACGAACUUAA